AUGGAGAAUUUCAAGCUUCCUGUUUCAAAGAUCGGUUGUGAAGACAAGAUUAUGCAGACACGCCGCCAACUUGACGAGGUGAUGGACAUGAUGCGUUCUAACAUCGAAAAACUAUCCGAACGAAGUGAAAGAUUGGAGGAUCUUGCAUGUCGUGCCGAAGUACUGGACAUGGCGUCGAACGAAUUCCAACGUUGCGCUACGGAAGUGCGACGUAAAAAGAUGUGGAAGGCGUACGCUGCUAAAGCGAUUGUAAUUGGCUUAGCCUGUGCGGCUAUUAUUUCUACAUUCUGUGCUGUACAAGAUGCCAAAUUGAUCAUUGCAGUACUACACUACCUAGCAACCAGAUUUCAGGCUAUUUCGCUCUGUAAAUCCAACAGUUCUGACCAAGAGGCAUUUGUCGAUACUGAUUAA